CAAGCUGUCUUUAGAGAACACAGGGGAGCUGUCCUGUCUGGAUGAAUACAGGAAAAACAAGGAUUCUCAAGAAGCUUUGCUUCACUCGCAGAGAAAUUUGCGGUGAAAGAAGAACCAAGCACUGCACGCUGUGUCUUUGAGACGCUACUUGAAAUAACACUGUUACAGACUGCCAACUCAAAGGACUGUUUCUGUAGCGUAAAUAAUAAGCUGGACGAAGGAUGUUCUUUGAAUAAAAUGGGAUAAGUUGCAAUUUUUGGGGCUGGGAGAUGCUCACACUGAUGGACAGCUUCAAAUAUGUUCCUUUCCUGUGCCAAAUGGGAUUUAAUGUAUCCAAACUGUUCCCUCCAUCGUCAGUAAAACAUGAUAAGCAGGAACCUCCAAGACAGCGCAGGAGCCAAACUCCUCGAAGCUCUUCAGACACACUGAAUUUUCUGUAAAGGCUGCUCUUUAAGAAUUGCAAUGGCUGAGAAAAAAAAUGUCAUUACUGCAUGAUGAGAUUGAAUUUCAGGCUGGGCAUCAAUUUAAAGAAACCUUUGGGCUUUGACAGGCUAAGGCCAUAGCUCUCCCUGCCUUGUUAGCAAUACAUCUCACUCUUUGUGUAUGUGCCAACAGCAGCCAGUGCUUGUAAAGUUCUGGCACGGAGCCUGUUGGAGAAUUAGGCCCUAAUGGCACGAGAUAAAUGAGGCAGUCGUACCAGAGUCCGGAGCAGCGCAGGCUUGGGCUGGAGGGCUAAGGAACAGGCCUGUCCACUGCUCCAGGAAUGGCGUUCUUCAAGAGCUUUCAGCAGAGCCUUCCCUCUGUGUCCUCCAUCCUGGACUCGGUCACUAAUGCUGUGGAUGACUUUGCCUAUGCCGUGGGUGAUGUCACCUAUGCAGUCAGUGACCAGCUGGCAGAGCAAGUCACCACCAUCAUCCACCGUGUGCAGGCGGAGGAGAAGGAGAGGCUGCGCAAGGCCGAGGCUGCAGAGAGGGCUGCCCGGGACGCGGAGAGGGAGCUGGCUUUGGACAGGGGCCCUGAAGAAGGUAGAGCCCGGAUCAAACGGCAGGCUUCGUUUAACCAGUCCCAGGAGCCGGGGUCAGAUGCCGAAGGUCCGGAUUACAUCAAAACAUCCUCCCGUCCCACCGAGCGGAGUGAGAAAGGGACAAAUGGUUGUCCUGGAGGGGUCAGGAACAGCUGUACUCAGGGGAAGCAGAAUGAGCCAAAGUCUUCCUAUGCUAAUAACCCGAGGAAUCACAGAAAGACGACUCAGACCUCAGUUGGUGAAACCGGGUUUGAAAAGACAAAGGGUGUUCGAGAAAAUGGAAUCAGUCGGCACGUCAACGACCUGGAGGACUGCCAGGACAGCAAGACAACAAUAGGAGGGACAAAACACAGGACGGGGAGCUGCGGCGAGCAGUCGAGCAAAGCGAAAUGUGACGCUCAUCCCAAACCAGGGAGAUGUGGAGACACUUCAGCUCGGGAAAGGAUAGACCCUGCGGGUCGAGGGAUCAAUGGCUCUUCCGGACAGCACGGUAGGACCACGGGUGAUGCUGCAGGGAGGGGAAGAAGCGGAACAAAGCCCAGCCCAGACAAGCCCUACCCCGACGUGGACCCCCGGAGCUCCUCCUCGGAGAGCGAGGACGAGGUGAUGGGCAAGUACCAGGAGGCCGUGUCCCGCUCCCAGUGCAUGAGGGCGGCCGAAGCCCGGCAUCAGAAGGGCUACGGAUGGGAGACCAGGCACAAGUACAGCCCCUUGUCGGCCGAGUACGACGGCUACAGCAGCGAGGCGUCCACCGAGGAGGUGAACUACAUCCAGAGGAUGAGGCGCACGCCCCCCCUGGACGAGCUGCAGCCGCCGCCCUAUCAGGACGAGAACGGCUCCCCGCGCAUGUCCUGCACCCCGUCGGACGCGGGCGACGCCAAGUGCGCCCAGUCCCAGUGCAGCGACAGCCCCCGCCACUCCUACGGCAAGUGCCCCAGCGAGGCGAGCGCAGGACACGAGACCGAGAGCUACCUCAACAAGGGCUAUGAGGAGGACGUGCCCAGCGACAGCACCGCCGUGCUCAGCCCGGAGGACAUGUCGGCCCGCGGAUCUGCUGCACAGCUGCCAAAGGGUUACGAGCCAGAACCCGUGGCCAAGUACGGCACCCUGGACGUGGUUUUCGACUACGAUUCAGAGGAGCAGCGGCUGCUGCUGACGGUCAUGGCCGUGACGGACAUCCCGGCCCUUAAGCGCACGGGCAGCAUCUCCUGGCAGGUGCACCUGGUGCUGCUGCCCACCAAGAAACAGCGGGCCAAGACGGGCAUCCAGAAGGGCCCAUGUCCCGUCUUCACGGAAACUUUCCGCUUCAACCACGUGGAGCCGGAGAUGAUCGGGAACUACGCGGUGCGCUUCCGCCUCUAUAGCAUACGCCGCAUGAAGAAAGAGAAGGUGCUGGGCGAGAAGGUGUUCUACCUCACCAAGCUCAACCUGCAGGGCAAGAUGUCGGUGCCCGUGGUCCUGGAACCCUGCUGCAUGCUGCCGGGGUGCGAGUCCCAGGUCAGCAUAUCAGAGAUGUCAUGCAGCGAGAGCACCUCAUCCUUCCAGUCGGUGGGCCAGGGUUCGGCCCCUGAGAUCCUUGUGGGCCUCGUCUACAACGCCACCACGGGCCGCCUCUCCGUAGAGGUCAUCAAGGGUAGUCACUUCAAAAACCUGGCAGCCAACAAGCCACCCAAUGGGCUGUUCUGUUGUCUAAAACACUUGAUAGGUGGACAGGUUUAUAUAAUCAGAGACACAUACGUAAAGCUGACGCUGUUGAACUCAAUGGGCCAGGAGAUGUCCAAGUGCAAGACGUCGAUUUGCCGGGGGCAGCCCAACCCCACCUACAAGGAGACGUUCGUCUUCCAGGUGGCGCUGUUCCAGCUGUCGGACGUGACGCUCGUCCUCUCGGUGUACAACAAGCGCAGCAUGAAGCGCAAGGAGAUGAUCGGCUGGAUCUCGCUGGGCCUCAACAGCUCCGGGGAGGAGGAGCUCAGCCACUGGACGCAGAUGAAGGAGUCCAAGGGGCAGCAGGUGUGUCGCUGGCACAGUCUGCUCGAGUCCUAGGAGGAGGAGCGUCCAGGAGCAGCAGGAGCAGGCGAAGGUCAAGAGGGACGGAGCUCAGGACCUUCUGUAAGGAGGCCACCGCUCCCCCCGUGGGUCCAGCUUGUAGGACAUGGUGUGAAGGAUGAUGUAAGAGUUCUUUUCCCCGCUUCCUUUUUUUUCUUUCCCAUGUUCCACAUGUAUGACCAUGAAAGACGUAUUUGUAAACAUUGAUGCUGUUCAUUUGAGACGGAGCUGUCAGAAGGGGUUAGUGCUGCCUGUUUACAGUGAACUCACUCCCACACAACACACACACACACACACACACACACACACACACACACACACACUCUUUUUACCCACUUUUCUUCCUCUAACUGUUCAGUGCAUUUGCACCCUCCUCCCAGCCAGGCCUUACAACACCACUGUGUGGAGAAGCUGUGUGAUCUCACAGGGGUUCGAGCUUGGAGAGCGGGCGGGCGUUGCACAGUCACUGCACUCGUUGCCAAAAAAACCCCACCUUGCGCAUGCUUUUCAAAAAUCCCAAGAAAAGCCGUCAGACAACAAGAGAUGGAAAAUUGCGCUCGGCGACUACACGUCUGUCUCGAUGCCUGGUGUCGCUCGUUCGUGGCAUUAGCAGCGACGUACUUUAUCGCUGAGGAACAGAAGAACUCCGCAGGGCAUCUUCUCUUGUGCUUUAAUGGUGCUAGCCCGUGAUCCUCGGCUCCCGGACGGACGGGCUCUCUAACGGGAACAGUAUUUUCCACCGUAGUGGUGACGUUUCGCCAAGCACAAAUGCACCUCUUCUCGUUUACCUUUAUUUUACUCUUUUUCCUGCGUGCAGGGAGAGAAAGGACUCCGUUCCGCAGCACACCUGAAACAAAUGGGCUCAUAACGGCUUUUAAAAGUCACUUUUGUCUCACAGCUACGGUUCCAUCUGCAGCAUCAUCAUCAGCCGUCCUUUUUAAUUAUAAUUAUUAACAUGAUUAUACCUGUGAGAGCACCACGCCUUCAGUGCUCUGCAGGUUCAUUACAGUUUACCUUUCACUGAAAUACAUAUAAUCGUGUAUUCUGUCUCGAAGCCAAAAGGCCCUUUUAAUCUGUUUCAGGGACAGAAAAUGCUUGUUCUCAUAAAUUUAAAAAAAAAUAAAUAAAUGAAAUAUCUAAAUAUAUUUAAAAACAUUUUGUUCUGUGAAGUAUCUAUUUAAAAUCAAUAGAUACUUGGGAAAGGUUUUCCAAAUUUAAACUCGGCUGUCUUACUGUUGCGUCCCACUCGGGUACGAGAGAAGGAAGACAGAGGAAGAAAUCAUAAAAAAAAAAAAAACUAAAUAUCUAUAUAUGAGCCAACAACCAAGAAGACAUCAGAUUUUUCAUUAUGACGCAUGGAAAAUCUACAAGAGUCAUGCAUAAUAUUAAGGUCAUAAUACCAUGGUAAACUUCACAUUACGAUCCACGUGAAAACGCCUUCGAGUUGGACGGCCUGAGGGGUCUGUGACCGGAGGUUGUUUUCUUAUAAAUACUGUUUACCUGCUGUUACUGUAAUAUUUCUGUAUUUCCGGUACGGCUGAUUGGUUAGGGUUAGGGUUUUACGGGUGUCCAGUAAGCAUGUACUGCGGCUUUGUUGAAUUUUAUCCUGGAAAGCACCGCUCCACGGUCCUUUUUUACGUUCACUUGCUCCUGACCGCGACGCGUAAGAGUUCCUCUCCCCCAGCGGGGGGCGCUGUUGCUGUGCCUUGGGACAUACAGCAAAUCAUGGAAUGAUUGACACCUUGUGAUUCUACCAGAUUACAGCUUUCAGUAUGUGGGUGAAUGAGGUUCUUCAGCGAAACAUGUUUUGCACUUUUAUGAAUUAUUUUUUGUUUUAUGGUGGUUGUGGCUGUUUUUUUAUAAGGAAGGAGAAACCAGCUCUAUGGUGUUUAAGGUAUCAUCCCUCUGCUGAAAGCCCAUGGGCUCCAGGUCAACGACUGUUUGAACAUUAGAUCUUUCACACUUGGUUUUCUCAAAAUAGCUGAGAGGCGGAUCAGAUUGGCGGAUACAACGGGAUUCGAAUCUGCAGCUUGUGUAGUUAACGCUGUCGAGAUGCUACUGCUGGGGUUAGAAUCCAAUACAGUCAGAGGUGGAAAUCUGGUGUUUUCAGUUAUAGCAGGUCCUUGAGAUCUGUCUUCACUGACACGUAGACACUGGUUAUCUCAUAUAUAGGGAAGCCAUUAGUGAUUUGUGAUUGGCCAUCUCGUCGGAGCUGUGAGUUCUGAUAGGCCAGCUCGUUAGAGCUGUGAUUUCUGUUUGGCCAUUUAAUUUCUACCAUUUCUCAGCCUUGAAGCGUGUGGCAUUGCAGACUGCCGAGGAGUAGGCCUGAGUUCACUGCUGUGAAGCUGGCAGUGGCCUGCAGGGUGGCUCUUUGCUGAUGGUUGUGGUAUCCAGGCCCUUUGAAAUGGUCUCCCUGAACCUCAAGGCUGGACUGCACACAAGCCACCGGCUCAGGCCUCAAGCUGCAUUUGCCAGGCGCUGAAAACAGCCUGUUUUUCAACAAUGUCACAACCUCUGCGCGACCUCUUUCGAAUCCGCCGCAGCAUUUUGAUCAAGCAACUUCUAGACUGUCGAUUGUUACAUAAUGUAAACUUUAUAGAGAAUUUUUCCUAUGUAUUUUUAUAUUAAAAGUAUGAUGAAUGGAGACGGUAUCUGGUAUGAGUUCAAAGCUCUGUGAGCAAAAUUAAUUUGGAAGUGCAAAUUUCCACUCUGUUUAAUUAAUUUAUCUAUUAAUUAUUGUGUCAUUUCCACAUUUACUCAUUGAAAAACACCCUUGGACACAAUGUUUAUACAGAAAAAUCAUUGUUCUCUUCUUUUUUUUCUUCGUUAAAAUCCCAUAGGGAUAGAAAAUGUUUUAAAAAGUUUUAAAACAAUGUGAAAUGUAUGGAAAAACCUUGUCGCUCAAUGUGAUGUUGUUUCGCAGUUGUGCUGAUAUCAUACUGGUUCUGAAACGUUUCCGAUCUUGUUCUAUCCCCGUUGAAGGUGUACUCAAAAAAAGAAAAAGACAAAAAACACACCUAGUCAGCUGGCCUUGUGAAACUGGUAAGCUUUGUGAUGACAAAAGCACACCUCUUACGGCACAACAGUGAAACCCACCUUGUGAAAGCCGAUGGGUCGCUCGGCCAGACUGUCUCUUGCCCAGGACGUCCCUCGCCUCCAACGGCAGGUUCACGGGCCGAACCCCGGGAAGUGGCGUUGCGCUCCUUGCGCUCCUUGCGCUCCCUCAGGCACAGACCCAAAAAAUUACAUACUGGCUUUUCAUCUUGUCUGUACAUACAAUUUCAGUCUCGGUGGCGGAUCGGUUGUAUUGAACACCAGCAUGGUGAUUGGUUAGGGUUAGGGUCAGGGUCAGGGUUAGGGUCACGGUUAGGGUUAGGGUCAGGGUUAGGCUUAGGGCAGACUGAUAUCCUAGGACACCCACCUUCCAUUCAUGCAUAGCAAGGAGAAGUGCACUGGUAUGGAAGUGAAAAACCCUUUACUCACCUCAAUAAGUUGCCUUAUUCUCUAGUUACGUAUCCAGCCGGUUGAUAAAUACCAACCCUCAUGAAUAUAAACUCGGUCCGUAAAUUGCAAUUCUGACAGAAAUCAGAAAUUGUGAGAAUUUAUGCCUUUCCCAUCCACAAACCACUUCAGCCAGAUAAACCUCGAAAGGGCCCUGAAAACGUAAGACGCUUGGGUACGAAAUUUUCAAAGUACUGCUAUGCGUGUGAGAUUUCCCGUGGUGCGAUUCCAAGUUGAGCGAAUGAGCUACAAACGCGAUUGCGGCGAAGCUGUAAUAUCGCGAUACGCUGCGGAAAAACAUUUCAAAAGUUAGGGUCAAGGGGCGCGAGGGGCUAAAAAGAACAAAAAUGACUGGUGAAGCACAGCACAGAUGGCACACGUGUGGAACUUUCACAUGACCAAUAAGUGGUUACAUAGUGUAGAUCGCAUCCGCCGGCAUCUUACGCCGCGGGUUCGAAGGUCAAAGGUCAGGGACGUGGCGUGGACCUAAAUGACACCAGCAUUACACGUAGAUGUUCGACGAGGCCCAGCACAAGAAUCCCGGCACGGGGCCUUUCUGCGCCCCGCUCGCAUUCAGGACUAGAACCCGUUCGCUUCCGAACUUUCACAAGGUGUGUUCUUACUACUGUGAUUUAGGGUCUUUGACAUUUUAUAUACGUGUGUUAUAUGCUCUGCUGGUUUCUUUUACUUCCUGAUUUCACUGGUUACAAGAUGAAUCCUCUCAUGUUUUGUCCCUUUUCUUUCCUCGAAACGACUGCCUACGACCACCGAUUCCUUCGGUGCCUUACUUUCUCUCUCUCUCUCUCUCUCUCUCUCUCUCUCUCUCUCUCUCUCUCGCUCUCUCUCUUUGGGUCGAGAGUGUUACUACUGAGACAACGUUUGUGUCGCCGUGUGUUAAACCGUACUUCUUUGGACGUGAAUUGAUUUGUAACAACGUCUUACGCGAUGGUUUCAGAAAAAAAAAGAGGAUUUGUAUGUGAAAUAAUUGUUUUAAAUAGAGAAACAGUUCUGC